AUGGCUGAAGUAGUACAACGUCAUUUAGAAGAUAUGCUAUCUGAAUUUGAACAAGCUAAACGAAUUGGUUUGUUUACAGAAGCAGAAAUAAAAAAAAUGGUUCGAACACGAAGACGCCAUGAAUAUAAAAUCAUUCGACGAACAAAAGAAAAAGAAUGUUAUCUUGAUUAUAUAAAAUAUGAAACUCAUCUUCUUAAACUUAUACAAUUACGUCGAGAGAAAUUAAAAAUAGGAAGAACACAUAAAAAAAAUGAAAUUGAUUUAGCAAUUAAACGACGUAUUGAACGACUUUUUCGAAGUGUAUGUCAUCGAUUUAAAAAAGAUGUUCAAUUAUGGUUAACAUUUAUUGAAUUUCUUACAAAACAACAUGAUUAUUCAACAGCAUCAAGUGCAUAUACAUCUGCAUUACAAACACAUGGCAAUAAAUAUUGGUUAUGGAUAUUGGCAGCAAAAUUUGAAUUUGAAACAAUGGUAUCACCAUCAUCAGCUCGUUCAUUAUUUCAACGUGCUCUUCGUUUAAUGCCACAAGAGAAGAAACUUUGGCUUGAAUAUUUCAAAUUUGAAUUACUCUAUGUUGAAUUAAUACAAAAACGACAAGCUGUACUUGAUCGGACGAAACUGGAAACGAAUGAUAAUGAAGAAGAUGCAAUAUUACAAGGCAAAAUUGUUGAAAUUGUUUUUCAAAAUGCUCAAUCAACUAUUGAAAAUGAUCCAGUAUUUCUUUGUUCAUUCAUUCAAAUUCUCUAUGAAUUCUCACAAUUUUCAUUCGCUGAAUCAUUUAUUAACAAAAUCUAUUCAAUUUUAAAAGAAAAAUAUUCUUCCAAUGCACUUGCACAAUCAUUAAUAGCUCAACGUCCAUUAAUAAAUGAACGUAAAAUGCUUGAUGAAGCUGCAAAAAAAGAUCAAGACGUCACUUUUAUGAUUGCUGUACUUGAACAACAAGUAAGAGAAAAUUAUGAAAAACAAUUAAAAAAAUCAACCGUGAAUAAAAAUGAAUUAUGGAAUUUAUAUCUUGAUUUUUGUGUACAACGUUUAACUCAAGCAGCGAGUUCAAAUAAAACUGAGCAUAUCUCUACAUGUGAUCAAGUAUUCUCAUCAGCUAGUCAACAGAUUUCAUUAACACCUGAACGUUAUUUAGAAUGGGUAUCGAUAGUUGAUCAUGAUCGAGCGAAAGUUGUUAUUCAAAAAGCUACUGAUCAAUAUCCAAAUGAUUCUUCACUUUGGAAUAAACGUUUAUCGUUAUUUAUUGAAGAAUCAGCUGAUUCAAAAAUAUUAAAAAAAGAAUUUAAACUUGCUUAUCAACAUUCAGAUGUUAAAAAUUCUGCUUUAAUUUGGAAUACGAUUAUUGAUUAUGCACAAGAACAUGAUAUUAAAUGGACAGAGGAAUUAUUUGAACAAUCUCAAUUUGAAUCACUUGAUCUUUCUGUAGCAUUACAAAUGAAAUCGAAAUAUUUACAAUGGAUUAAUCAAACAAAAUCUAUUCAACAAGUUCGAAAAAUAUUUGACAAAUUAUCAAGUCGAAUACCGGCUUCAUUACCGUUCUACAUGGAUUAUAUUAAAAUCGAACAAUCAUCAUCAAAUAUCGAUAAUAAACGUAUUAAAACUGCUUUUGAACAAGCCAUUAUCUAUUUUGGAAAAAUCUCUGCUGAUCUUUGGCUUGCUUAUUUGGAUCAUUUGAAACAGUAUCAAUCACUUGAUUUUGUUACAAUGUCUCGUGUUCAUUCGCGUGCACUUCAUGCACUUGAAUCUGAUGAAUUAAAACGUUUUAAUACAGAAUGUGCAUUAAGAAAUUUGACAUAA